ACAGCGCCUGUUUUACAGUAUAGUGUCCCCGUCACUAUACUGGGGCAUUAGGACCCAGUAUAGUGACAUUCAUGACUUCAGGAAGUGGAAGCACUGUCAACAUUAAAUAAGAGCUGCUAUUUUCGCAUUAUCAUUCUAUACAGGGAUGAGAAUAGCUGCACUUUUGUUUCUUAAAGAACAUAAGAAAAUAAACGUAAAACUUAUGGAAUUUUAGUCAACUUUUCAGUACUUUGCACAUGGCACUGUAUGAGACAGCUAAUUUGUUGAAGUGUCUUUAAGGCAUCUUAAAGUAAAUCGUAAUGCAUAUUUGAACAACUCUGGAUAAUUUUCUGCCCUCGUACUAUAUAAGUACUACUGUAUGUGUGGCGCACAUGGGAGCUGAACAGCUGUCUGUUCCAACCGUAACUCAGAGGCAGUGCAAGGUCUUUUUGAUGUGGUAACAUCCUAGGUUCCCGAAUGCAUUAAGGCUACAGCUUUCUGAGGUGCUAGACAAUAGUGUUCCCUUAAGAUGUAUACCUUUUUGCUCUAAAAAUGGAGAGUAGAAAUAUAAUUCAAAAUAAGCUGAAAGAAAAGGUUACACACUUUCCAUUUAGAUCAACAGCAGUUUUCUCAUAUAAGUAUUUAAAUACAAGUGUUGUAAAUCUGUUACAAACGUAAGUCUUACACAUCUUUCUCCUUGCCAUGGAAAUUAAGCAUAAAGGCUACAUCAAAAGCUAAUUUUAUGUUCCAUUUCCCUGCACCUUGACCUCUCCCUCACAUUUUCCUCAUUGCUGCGGUAUCUGAGAAAUGCAGAAGUUCUGAAAAUCUUCCAGCUUGUAUGAUACAUACUGUAUUGUCAAGGCAGUCGCUGUCUAUCCCCCAGAGCUUCCUCAAAAAAACUGUAUCAGCGCUAACAAGCUGAUCCUGGUCUGCAGUGCCUCACAAUGCAGCCUGUGCUGGAGCACCGAUUUCUUCCGAGUGGGGAUUUUCCUGGUGCGUCUCCGGAAUAUUUGUGCACUGUGUGAACCACUGGGAGAACUAGGGAAACGGCAGAGCUUUACUGCUGUAGAUCCACAGCCAACAUGCCGUUCUUUACUGCCAAGCAGAAAAAGAAGAAAAAAGGGCGAAAGGGUGGGACAGGGGAGCGCGACAGAGCCGCCGCCAACCAUGAGGCCUUCCUGCUCAUGGCCAACACCCAGAGUGACAUGGAGGACUGGGUGAAGGCCAUCCGCCGUGUCAUCUGGGCGCCUUUUGGAGGAGGAAUAUUUGGCCAGCGCUUAGAAGACACUGUGCAGUACGAGAAGAAGUUUGGGACCCGUCUGGCUCCAUUGCUGGUGGAACAGUGUGUGGACUUCAUCAGAGAGCGAGGCUUGGAUGAAGAAGGUCUGUUUCGCAUGCCAGGCCAGGCCAACCUUGUGAAGGAACUCCAGGAUGCCUUUGACUGCGGAGACAAACCUCUAUUUGACUGUAACACUGAUGUCCACACUGUGGCGUCACUUCUGAAGCUGUACCUCCGCGAGCUGCCAGAGCCUGUCAUCCCCUUCGCCAAGUAUGAAGACUUCCUGUCCUGUGCUCAGCUGUUAUCGAAGGACGAAGAGGAGGGCAUACAGGAGCUGAUGAAGCAGGUGAAGAGCCUUCCUCGGGCCAAUUACAACCUUCUAAAGUAUAUAUGCAAGUUCCUUGAUGAAGUGCAAUCCCAUUCAAAUGAAAAUAAGAUGAGUGUUCAAAAUCUUGCCACAGUUUUCGGACCAAAUAUCCUUCGGCCCAAAAUGGAAGAUCCGGUGACCAUUAUGGAAGGGACCUCCCUGGUGCAGCACCUCAUGACUGUGCUGAUCAGCGAACACGAGCGGCUGUACGUUGGCCCCGACGCUGAAGUCCUUCCAGGUCGGCUGGAGGUCAGGGCUCAGGGGCAGCGGGGCGCGGUGGAGUGGAUCUCAGAGGAGGACUUGCAGGGAGGCUGCUCCAAGGCACAGAGCUCCCACGCCAGGGAGGACCUCUGCAGCAGUGCCACCUCGCUGGAUGUCAACGUCAGCACGCCCGCCACUGUGCCCAGACUGGCAUCUCAGGGAACGGGAGAGGCCGCCGUGGUCAGUCCCAGUAAGCAGGUCAAAUCCCUUCCGACCUGGAAGUACUCCUUCAGGAGCUCCGGAGCAAGAGCCAGUGCUGUCAAGCUCGGCGGCUCCUCUGUGGACAUUCCCAACCUGUCAUCCAGCGGGAACUGGCUGAUGAACGGGCUGUCGUCCCUGCGUGGCCACAGGCGGACCUCCUCGGGGGAACGGGUGAAGGACUCGGGGUCGUCCCAGAGACUGUCGACCUACGACAACGUGACGGGUUCGAGCCUGAGCGUGCCGAGCGUCGCCAGCACUCCCUGGUCCACGUCGUCCUGUGAGAUCUCUGUCCCCGACUCCUUGAGCAGCUGCCCCGCCUGCCGGGACAGCGACUGCUCGGGGCUGAACUGUGGGAAGGGGGAGGAGCUUGAACCCGCGCCUCGGGCACAGAGCGACAGACAGGCCUUGGACCUGGACGAUAGCAGCGAGGGGCUGCAGCUCUGCCUGACCGGCGCGAGUGGCAGCGAGAGCAGCAAUCUGGUGGCAGCUUCCAAUGACACGGCCAGCAGCUCCAAGGCCCUAGCAAGCCUGGUCACGGAGCUAAAGGAUGAGCUGAGGAGGCAGAGGCUGGAGUACGAAGCCAGGAUGAGAAGGCUGGAGGAGUCGAGCGCGGCACUUUGUGAGCAGGUGGAGAGACUCGAGGAGGAGCUGGAUCAGGAGAGGAAGAAGCACUCCAUGCUGGAAAUCAAACUGCGGAACUCGGAACGAGCGCGCGAGGAUGCCGAGAGGAGGAACCAGCUCCUGCAGAAGGAAAUGGAGGAGUUUUUCUCCACACUGGGGGAUUUAACUCUUGGACCACGGACAAGCAAAAUCUGAAAAUCCUAAUUACACGCCUGGGAAAGAGAAUAGUUUGCAUAGGACUGUCUUGUUUUUAGCUCUCUGUGCUCAUGUAUCAUGAGUAUUCUGAAGUUAUUUCAAUGCUGUUUUAUUACAGUACUUUGUCUUCUGGUUUAUAUUUGCUGUUAUAUUGUAUAUCAGGACUUUUAUAUAAAAUAUAAAUGUUAAAAGGUAUGAGUAGAUCAUACUGCUCUUGCCAUCCUACAGCUUUAUAUAUGCACAACCAAUGCCAAAGCAUGAGUCUCAUCAUAGACAUCUGAAGAAUAGCAGCCAAGGGGUACUCUGCACAUAAAGCCGACAUACCACCCUAAAGAAAAAUGAUUGCCCUGACUGUGCCUUUUUAUUGUCACUGCAUGAGGAGGAGAAUGCCAUGUGACCAGAGCUGAUUUUUUUUUUACAGUGAGCAGAGAAAAUACUUGAACCCUCAGCUUCAGUUGUUUUGUUUUGCGUGUUCCACACAGGAUCUUCCCAGCAGUUGGUUAACAUUAGAAAGAGCAGUAGUGAUGCCAGUGAAAAGCCAGAAAAUGCAUCAGUCUAACCAAAGAUCUGGCCCUUCCUCUAACAAUAGCCCUGAGACCAGUGAUUCAUGCCCUAAAACCCUCGUCUCUAACUUGACUGAGCCAUCACCGUAGCCUAAGCCUGGUUAAAAAAAGUAAUGGAUCACCAGUUCAUUUUCUCUGUAUGCACAGUGAGCACUUAUCUCCCCUGUAUAGGUGGUGUCACUUCUGUAACUUGCUCAGUGCACUGAGCCCAGUUACAUCAGCACAUGUCGUAAAGUAUUGUAGGAAUGCUCACAUGGGUGCAUAAUGUAUAGGACUCUCAGCAGUAAAUGAAACAAAGUGCUGUUUUAAUUAUGUUUUAAUAUUACAACCACAUCUGGUGAACUGGCAUGAUGGAUCAUCAUUCUUAUUACCGUUCUUACUAUGUCAGCUGACCUAGAAGUGAAUCAUAAAUGUGAUGAACCAUAUUUCCCCAAGCUGCGUCCAUCAAAGGCUGGAGCAGACAAGCUGUGUGCAAAUUCAGGAGGUGAUUGACAUUAGAGGAAGGUGCUCCUUUUGAAGUAAAAAAUGUUCUAGUAAUCAUAUCAUUGUCUUCUCCAGAGGUUUGGGUACACAAUCAUAAUUAAUAAUUGACUCAGGUAUUUAGAAAAAUGGGGGGUUUAAUUCUGGUCAUAUUACACCUACAGUUUUACUUUCGGUGAAGGGAUUUGUAUAAGAGAAUGGGAUGAACAGCAUAAGAAACCACUAAUAAUAAACGUCAGUAUCUGA